UUUAGGAAAAGAACAAAAUAAAUAAAUAAAUAAUCGUUGCUUGUCCUCGUAGAAGAAGCCCUAGAACACACCAGUCAUCUCCUCCGCGCUGAUCAUUCUCUGGUCAUCAAUCAUGGCGUUGAAUGGACCCGGUUACUCCAACCCGGCACAGAAACCGCCGAGCAAGCUCCGGUGGGGUGAGCUGGAGGAGGACGACGGCGAGGACCUCGAUUUCCUUCUGCCGCCCCGGCAAGUGAUCGGACCCGACGAGAAUGGGAUCAAGAAGGUGAUCGAGUACAAAUUCAAUGACGAAGGCAACAAGGUCAAGAUCAUCACCACCACUCGCGUCCGCAAGCUCGCCAAGGCACGCCUCAGCAAACGCGCCGUCGAGAGGCGCUCUUGGGCCAAGUUCGGCGAUGCUGUUCACGUAGAUGUUGGUAGUCGGCUCACCAUGGUCUCCACCGAGGAGAUCUUGCUCGAGCGUCCUCGCGCCCCUGGUACCAAAGAAGAAACUAAGGUUGCUGGAGACUCCCUGGCUCAGCUUGGAAAAGGUGGUGCUGUUCUCAUGGUGUGCCGGACUUGCGGCAAGAAAGGUGACCACUGGACAUCUAGAUGCCCGUACAAAGAUCUUGCACCUCAACCUGAAUCCUUUGUUGAUAAACCUGUUUCAUCGGAGACAAAUGCAACCUCCGGCACGACCAAGGGAGCUUAUGUUCCACCAAGCCUGAGGGCAGGAGCAGAAAGACCUGCUGGUGGGGGGUCCGACAUGAGGCGCAGAAAUGAAGAGAACUCAGUUCGUGUCACCAAUCUAUCAGAAGACACGCGUGAACCGGACUUGCACGAGCUGUUCCGCACAUUUGGUGCUGUGAGUCGCGUCUAUGUUGCUAUUGAUCAGAAAACUGGCAUGAGCAGAGGUUUUGGUUUUGUCAAUUUUGUUAACAAGGAAGAUGCCGAGAGGGCCAUUGCAAAGCUCAAUGGGUAUGGUUACGACAACCUCAUUCUUCGUGUUGAGUGGGCCACACCCAGAACGAAUUAGAACGCAAUUUUUUUCCUUGGGCAUGCUGAAUUAUUGAAACUUUGUUCGGGCUGGGACUCCAGGCUCCGCUGGUAUGGUUGUCUUUUUAUCCUCCCUUUUUUGUUUUUAUUUUUAUGGUGUUACAGUUUUGGAAAAAUUUGUUAUUGUUUUUUUUUUUUUUUUAUAGAUUUUAUUUCAACAUUUUGGUUAUCAUAUAUGAUGUUGGGAGUCAAAAAAUAUUUUCUGAUUCUUGUAUUAUUAAUGAUAUUGUUAUUUUUUA